CCUCUUCCCUCCUCCCUAAACCCCUUCUCUGGAAAGAACCACCCGGCUUCUACUUCGCCUCCUCAGUCUCCUCCAGUGCUCCUCGGUGGUGACUCCAGCUCUUGCCUAUGCCCUGGUAUCCCAUGGCAUUGUAGUCCCCCAUUAUCCCACCCACGAGGCUCCAUGACCGAAACAGGAAUCUCUUAAGCCAAGCUGGGUAGCAUCUCUGCGGCCGUCAUUCCGCUCACCUUUCCGGAGUCAACAGCUGCACACGGACAAGCAAAAGAGCCCAGAGGGAGUAUUCACAAAGUCUUGCAGAGACUGGGCUGCCCAUCCCUACACCAUUUCCCCACUAGUGCCUCUGUUGGAGAGGAGGAGACUGACAAGCUUGAGUUGUGCUAUAAAAAUGGAAAAUAUACUAUUCUGGCUGAUCCUUUCUACUCCUAUGUGGACCAUCAUUGGCGGCUCUGAAACGGAACAGGAUUUUACCUGGCACUUACGAAAAAUACCUCAGGUGAUCAGUGAAAGGACUUUGCAUCUUUCCAGUCCCAGAUUUGAAGCAGAUGCCAAACUGGUGCUCGACAGAGUAUGUGGUAUUGAAUGCCAAAAGGAACGACCAGUGCCAAGCCUUGCUGAGCUGGAGGAGUCCCUCUCCUAUGAGACUGUCUUUGAGAAUGGCACUCGAACCUUGACGCAAGUGCAUGUCCAGGGUUUGAUGCUUGAGCCAACUCAGAACACUACAAGAAAAAUAACAUCCAGGAGAAAGAGACAGGUAUAUGGUGUUGAUAGUCGCUUCAGUAUCUUGGACAAGCGAUUUGUAACCAGUUUCCCUUUCAGCACAGCAGUGAAGCUCUCCACAGGCUGUAGUGGCAUUCUUGUCUCCCCUAACCACGUCUUAACAGCAGCUCACUGUAUUCAUGAUGGACAGGACUAUGUCAAAGGGGGCAAAAAACUAAGGGUGGGAUUGCUCAAGAUGAGGUCCAAGAGGAACGGCAAGAAACCUAGAGGUGCUAAGAGGAGUCGACGGGAAGCUGAGUAUGGAGAUCCACCACAGGGUGUUCAGGAGGAGCUGAAUUUGAGAUCCAAGGGAAGGAGAAGAAAGAAAGAAUCGGGAAGGGGUCAGAGAGGCUCUGAGGGUAAGCCCUCUUUCCAGUGGACCAGGGUUAAGACAACCCACAUUCCCAAAGGAUGGGUUAGAGGAGUAAGUGGAAAUGUUGCUCUGGAUUAUGACUAUGCUCUUCUUGAGCUGAAACGUCCCCAUAAAAAGAAGUAUAUGGAGUUGGGCAUUAGCCCAGCCAUCAAGAAGAUGCCUGGGAGCAUGAUUCAUUUCUCAGGUUUUGAUGAUGAUAGAUCUGGCCAGCUGGUCUACCGAUUUUGUAGCGUGUCAGAUGAAUCCACUGACCUCUUCUACCAGUACUGUGAUGCAGAGCCCGGGUCUACAGGCUCUGGGGUCUAUCUCCGCCUAAAGGACCUGGACAAGAAGUGGAAGCGCAAGAUCAUUGCCAUCUAUUCAGGUCACCAGCAGAUGGAUGUCGAUGGAGUCCAGAAGGAUUAUAACGUAGCCGUACGCAUCACUCCUCUCAAGUAUGCACAGAUUUGUCUGUGGAUCCAUGGAAAUGAUGCUGAUUGUACUUAUGGCUGACUUUAGUUCCCACCCCCAAAGCCACAUUCCCAAAACACAGCAAAAAACCAGUCUCAAGUUACUACAACAGCACCUCAUCUCAGGUUAUAUUUGACUUUGACAUCUA